CUCACCUGUAUUCACAUGCUGUAUGAAAGCGUCCACGAGCCGCUCCUUUCUCUGUAAUGUUUGUGCCGGAAGGGUUUUUACUCGUGUUUUGUCCUCAGUUCCUGGCCUGGAAAAGUCUACAAACUAUCUUCUCGUUCCUCCAUAUGUUUUGUUUCUAAACUCAUCUGCCCAUCCAUCUACAUUUGACUGUGCCUUUCCCCCUCUGCUCGGCUGCUGUCUUCCUUCCACAGCCAAGUCAUCCUGGCAAAUGGAGAUGGAGCACCGAUUAACGAUUCUAUUUUCCUUCUCUUAGCACUCCUUUCAUAUUUUCCACUCUAUCAGUAUCAAAUGUCUUGGAGAGAAUGAAACCGUCUGCCUUUAGCAGCCUGACGGUGAUUUGAGGUUUUUACUGAAAGGUGGUCAACAGGGUGUGGUGGGGGGUGAGUUUGAGAUUUUGAGCACCAAAAAUGACCCUUUUCUUUCUAACUUUACAAGUCCUGACACAUUAAAGUCUCACUCCAAUCAAGUCAAAACUAAAUAGUACAUGUCUCAUAACAACAAGAACAUCCAGGCUGACUGAACAUUUAACACAAGCUGCUAAGAAGCUGAAGAACGAUCAAAAAUAAUUUUUUAAAUGUCAUCUGGUCAGCAUUUUAAAUCGAUAAAAGUAUCUGCAAGAGAAAAUAUAGCGAUAUAUCAGGGAAUCAAUUUAUCCACAGUUUUUAUUGGAGUGGGUCUUUCCACAUCUGCCACAAGGAGGAUAAAAAAAACACCUAAAUAGAUACAAAAAAAAGAAUUAAUAAAGAAGCAGCAAAAAAGGUAGUGGUAAGUUUCUGUAUUUGAGAUCACACAGACGACAGCAGUCGUAGCUCGCUGUCUCUCCUUUCUUGGUUAAAUUAAAAAGGAGACCACUGGAGGAGGUGGCAAAGCGCAGGGUGAGGGUGGUGCUAGAUAAGCAGACUAUUUCAUGCAGCAGAAUUCAUUUCCCAGGGAGGUUGCGUGUGCUUUGUUAUCGCCAAGCUUUGGUGCACAUCAAGAUUGUCCCCCGGGGCCAACAGAACAGUGGCUGUACGGCUGAGUGAAUAGAUACUUGAACCUGUCAGCUAAGACUGUUACACACACAUACACACUCCGAGAGCACAAACAAACCCCAACACCUGGGCCAGGCUCCACUUUGGAGAGUGUGCUACUUCAAUGACAUUGUAGAAGUGAUAUCUGCGGCUUGGAAAUCAGUGGUGGUGAAGGUGAUUUUGCAUGUUUCUUAACUUGGGUUUGUUGAUCCUCCUGAUUCAUUUCUUCUUUUCAUUCUAGCCCACCCGAGUGCCUUUUUCUUUCCUCUUUUUUUUUUUAUUAUUUCCAAAUCCUUUUGGCAGCGACUAAAAUCUAUAUAAGUUCACUUUAUCUCUGUGCCGUGAUGCUCAAGAUCCUCUUCUAGCCACCAGAGGAAAGUCUGACACCGCUCUAUUAUCAAGAAGACUCCAGGAUUAUGCUGCAAUGAGGGCUGCUGUGUGGAUAUAUAUAUAUAUUUCUGUUCUCCUGUGUGGUGAGAGUUUUAUCCCUCCUUUAAAGAGAAAAACAUGAUCUAGUUGUGUUUUUUGAAACCCUACUCUUUCCUUUGAGGCCUGAAAGUAAUUAUUGGUUUUCAGAUGCUGAUUUUCUUUUGCUUAUAAUUGAGUUGCCAACUCCAAACAUUUGUUUCUGCCUUGUUUCAAUGGACUGAGAGUCUACGCUUUUACAAAACAACACCCCCUCUUGUAUCCCAAACCAUGUUUUGUCAGCCGAGUGUUAUUACUUUCAGUUUACUUUAGUUUUUUAUUGUUUCCUUUCUUAUCCUUAUUUCUAUCCGCUCGCUUGGAAAUUUCCCCUCUGUCAUUUUUUUGCCCCUUUUUCUUGACUCUUUCCUAAACUCGAUUGCCCUGCUCGCCCCUUCUCCAAUCAGAGCCCUCGGCUCCACCAGAGGGUGUGUCCUGCGAGCGGGUCGCCUCCACCUCGCUCAGAGUGAGUUGGAGGCCGCCUCCAGAGGAGGGCCAGAAUGGUGAAUUGGAAAGUUAUGAGCUGAAAUACCAGAGAGUUUCUGGGCCAGGAGGCGGAGAUCAGGGCCUGGAGGUGAAACAGCUUCCUAUCCCAGCCCAUCUGGGCCGGACUGUGAUUGAUGGGCUGGAGAAAUGGAGCUGGUACAAUAUUACCAUGGCAGCCACCACUGCGGUCGGAACCGGACCCAGCAGCCCACCUGUGAUCUGUAGAACCGAUGAGGAUGUUCCCGGCGCGGCGCCUCGUCAGGUGGACGUCCAGCCGCUUAAUUCCUCAGCACUGCUGGUCACAUGGCGCUCCGUGUUGCCACAGUUACGGCAGGGCCAGAUCCGUGGAUACCAGGUGCAUUUCAGCCGCGCAGAGAGCGGCGAAUCACGCACCCUGCCCCGAAUCAAAGACCUGUUACUGGACGAGUCUCAGAUGGAGGAGGACGAAUCCACUCUGUAUGAGAUGAUUUUAGGAGGUUUGAAAGCAGAGACUCUGUACUCCGUCUCAGUGGCGGCCUACACCACCAAAGGAGAUGGAGCACACAGUAAAGCCAAGCUGGUGAAGACCACAGGGAUUGGUGAGGAUCUGUCAAGAAUAUAGAGCUCUGGAUUUAAUGACACAUUCCAGCAUUGAUUUUACAGCAGCUGAAGGAGAGGAGAGUCGUAAAUAAACAGCCCGAUCAA